AUGCACGUCUGGUACGGUUCACCCUUGCACAUGAUGUGCGACUGGUUGUACGGCUUUUGGCAGAAGUCGGGCCUCGGCACGGGCGCCGGUGGCGGAAGUGGCGGCGGCAGCUGUCGUAGCGGUCGCUCGUCGUGGCCGCCCGUGGGUGCUGAAGGCUGCUCUUGCGGCUCGGCCGUGCAUGGAAGCAAGGAGAUGAGCCACGUAGCCGUCCAGAGCAAUCUUCUUCGGUCACCGUCCACCGUCGCGUGCGCGCGGCUUGAGCGAGGGCGCGUGGAUGGCGUAUCCCUUGCAGUCCAAUCAGCGGCGGAAGUCAUGGCCUCUGUGAUCAGCGUUUUCGACCCGCCCCGAACGCAGACGACAACGUCCGUCUCGCAAAUGUCCAGCCUGCUCGAGUGCCCCAUCUGCAGGAAUUACGCGUUGCCUCCUAUCAUGCAGUGCGAAAACGGCCAUCACCUGUGCGCCCCGUGCCGAAAAAACGUCGCCAUGUGUCCAGUGUGCCGUGCUCCCAAAGGGAACAACAGAAACUUGGCGCUGGAGAAGCUGGCCGAAUCCACGUUGUUUCCCUGCAAGUAUCGCUCCAAGGGUUGCACAACGUCUCUGCUGAUCGCCGACAAGAAGAGGCAUGAAAAUUCCUGCGAGCGCGGCGAGAACGUGGUCGUGACGGCGACGAACUUCCGGCGUGUCGAAGCCUUCUGUUGGAUGGCGCUGCAGACGUGCCUGGGCCGCGACUUCGUCGUUAUGCUCAGGAAGAGGAACAACAGGGCCUCGAGCCACCGCUUCCUCGGCGCCGUGCUGCUCAUCGGAUCGAGCGAGGAGGCGCGACGCUUCCUGUACCAGUUCGACCUGCGCGGCGCCGAACACCGGCUCUCGUGGUCAGCCAGGACCCGGAACCUGCACUCGCAGGCCGACACUGACCGGAGCGGAGACGGCCUGGUGUUGGACAUGAGCACGGCCGAGCGCCUCUGCAAUGGCGCCGACCUCAUCAUGGACGUCACCAUCAGCAACGCCCCGUCCUUGAGCGGUGAUAACGUGCUGUAA